GGGAUUUGUUUUGUAAUAGGAUCGUGCCAUGUAUGUCAAGACAUUUGUUUGUACAUUAUAUUUGUAACACACGUUUAGAAGGAUAGAAAUUUAUCUUUGUCUUAGCUAAAUGCUUGGUACGGGCCUGUUGAAUAAAUUCAAUGUUUGUCUGGUAGGCUUGUCUAAUUUUGGAGGAAUUGUGGAUAUCUGAGAAUGGAAAUUGGCAAUUGUUAUAUUUGUAUGACUAUCCAAUUACAUUAAAGUUGCAAUUUAUGUAUUGUUCAAAUAUUUAUUUGACAUUUCCAGGACCAGUAAAGCUGCAAGAUUUUGUCGGCCAGUCAAAAGUGGACGCUGCAAUCCAAGGUGAAACUUUCUUUCUCAUGGUGGGGCACACGCAUGAAGAUGUGGAUCAACCGUUUAGUGUAUUUGCAAGGGAACUUAGACAGAAGCCUGCAACAACCCGCGAUGCCCUCCUUCAAGAUUGGGGACAUCCGGACACCCACCACCAAGCUAUCAGACUUAAAGCCCUUCAUGCCUGCCCCAAGGGAAGCGACAACCCUCCCAACUAAAGUUCAAGAGGCAAUAGAGAAGAACAAUGAAAAACUGCAAAAACAAUCAAAGAUCACUCUGACAAAGCACCGAAGACAAGCCUCGCUUCCUUCUGUGUGGUCAAGUUCGGACUCCUGGCCAUUCCUAAGUUGUCCCGCCCUGCCUUAG